AUGCAGAAGCUGACGCUCGUACUCCUCUUUGUCGUCGCAUUCCAGCUCGCCUCCAGCUUGCCGAAACGGGAACGCCGGCUGGUGCUCUCGCCCGGAAAGGUCAUUAUGAUUGAGCCUGGUGAGGGCUCGGGAGCCGUGGAGGGAUCCGGAAUCGAGGGUUCCGGUGCUGUUGAGGGAUCUGGAGUUGAGGGAAGCGGAGUCGAGGGAUCCGGAGCUGUCGAGGGCAGCGGAGAUCACCAUGUCGAGGGAUCCGGACAAAUCGAGGGAUCUGGAGUCGAAGAGCCGCUGACCGCCCCCGAGAAGGAAAAGAAGCUCUCCGAGGAUAAGCUCCUCCCGGCCGACUUUGCCAAGCGUGACGCCAAC